CCACCUACCCGAGCACGUUUGGGAAGAGGAGGGAGGAGAAGAGGAGAAGAGAGGAAAGGAGGAAAGAAGUAGGAAGGAGGGAGGAGAGAGGAAGGGGGGUCCUAAUCAAAGCGCAUCGGGGCCGUAGAGAGCUCUUGUUCCACGGCGACGGGACACUCCGGCAGCAGCAGCAGCAGCAGCACCAGACAAACAGAGCCCGGGCAGACAGCAGCUGGAUCGGACACAUCUGACACCCACGCACGGGAGAAAGCACCAGCCAGCUUCUGCAAAACAUCACCCCAUUCCUCCAUCGGAUUAAAAUCUGCCCUACCACAGCGCCGAAAACUAAAAGGUCCAGACAUGAGCUUCUCCCACUGAACGGUUUUGAUGCUGAUCUGAGCGGUCAAGAGCUGUCCUCCUGAAGCCCCCUCCCCCUCAGAGAUCGUCAGCUCCUGUUUUCUGAGCAGCCAUGACCAAGUCCUACGAGUUUAACUGGCAGAGGGCCCUCCCGGAGUUCAUGCAGGAGGGGGCCUUGUUCGACCGAUUUGACGAGGACCCGUACAUGUUUGAGCCCAACUGCCAGAUGAAGGUGGAUGAAAAUGGCUUCUUCAUCACCUGGAAGAGCGAGGGAAAGGAGGGGCAGGUCCUGGAGUGCUCCCUCAUCAACAGCAUCCGAGUGGGCGCCGUCCCAAAGGACCCAAAGAUCCUGUGUUCGUUCGAGGCGGUGGGGAAAACGGAGGCUGAUCUGGAGGGCUGCAUCAUCUGCAUCUGCAGCGGCACAGACCUGGUCAACCUCAACUUCAUGUUCCUCGUGGCUGAGACGCCCGACACGGCGCGAAGGUGGAUUGAAGGCCUGCGCUCGGUCAUUCACAACUUUAAGGCCAAUAACGUUUGUCCAAUGACCUGCCUCAAGAAACAUUGGAUGAGGAUGUGCUUUUUGACCAACGUGAACGGAAAGAUCCCAGUCAGAGGUAUCACAAGAACAUUCGCUUCGGGGAAGACAGAAAAGGGGAUCUUCCAGGCUUUGAAGGAUUUGGGUCUGCCCAGUGGAAAGAACGAUGAGAUCGAACCGUCAGAUUUCACCUUUGACAUUUUCUACGCUCUGACCCAGAAGAUCUGCCCCCGAACCGACAUCGAGGAGCUUUUCAAGAAGAUCAAUGGGAACAAAACAGAUUAUUUAACAGUAGACCAGUUAGUCAGCUUUCUGAAUGAAAACCAGCGCGACCCCCGACUAAACGAAAUCCUGUUCCCGUUCUACGACCCCAAAAGAGCCACGCAGAUCAUCGAUAAGUACGAGAGGGACGACGAUCUGAAGAAGAAAGGCCUCAUGUCCAGCGACGGUUUCUGCCGGUACCUGAUGUCCGAUGAGAACGCUCCGGUGUUUUUAGACCGUCUGGAGCUGUACCAGGACAUGGACCAGCCCCUCGCACAUUAUUUCAUAAGCUCCUCCCACAACACGUACCUGACGGGGAGGCAGUUUGGAGGGAAGUCUUCUGUGGAGAUGUACCGCCAAGUCCUGCUGUCCGGCUGCAGGUGUGUGGAGCUGGACUGUUGGGAUGGAAAAGGAGAAGAUCAGGAGCCCAUCAUCACCCACGGAAAAGCCAUGUGCACGGACAUCCUGUUCAAGGACGUUAUUCAAGCGAUUAAAGAAACAGCAUUUGUCACGUCAGACUACCCCGUCAUUCUGUCAUUUGAAAACCAUUGCAGUAAACCGCAGCAGUACAAGAUGGCCAAAUAUUGUGAAGAAAUCUUUGGUGAUUUACUUCUGAAGCAGCCGCUGGAGAAUUACCCGAUUGAAGCAGGGCGCUCCCUACCUUCUCCAAACGACCUUAAGAGAAAAAUCUUAAUUAAAAACAAACGCUUGAAACCAGAAGUGGAACAAAAACAACUAGAGGCCUUUAAGAAACACAUGGAAGCAGGAGAGACCAACACUCCAGCGAUUAUAAUGGGAGAAGAGGACGAGACUGAGAACGGAGAGAAGGACGCAGAGGACAAGGACUUGAACUCAGAAGCCCCGAGCAGCCUGUCGGACGGAACCAGCGAGAAGGACACGAACAGCGUCUCCCACGGCAACGCGGUCAGCUCCAGGAAAGACGAGUGCAACAACAGCUUCAAGAAGGUGACUGAAGACGACAUCACGGAGAUCUCUGAAGUUACCGAGGCAACAGACGUCACGGACAUUUCCGAGGCGUCCGACCAAGACAACAACAAGAAGAGUGUGGAGGUGGCUGAGGACAUCGAGGAGGCUCUCAUUGCUCAGUACACUUAUGUAGGAGCCACCACAAACAUCCACCCGUAUCUGUCUGCGAUGGUCAACUACGCCCAACCCGUCAAGUUCCAGAGCUUUGACCUCGCCGAAGAGAGGAACAUUCAUCAUAACAUGUCUUCGUUCAACGAGUCUGUGGGUUUGGGAUAUUUAAAAACCAACGCCAUCGAGUUCGUCAAUUAUAACAAGCGUCAGAUGAGCCGGAUCUAUCCCAAAGGAGGCAGAGUGGACUCCAGCAAUUACAUGCCUCAGAUCUUCUGGAACGCCGGCUGCCAGAUGGUCUCGCUCAACUUCCAAACCCCAGAUCUGGCGAUGCAGUUGAAUCAGGGGAAGUUCGAGUACAACGGUUCUUGCGGAUAUUUGUUGAAGCCAGAUUUCAUGAGGAGGUCGGACCGAACGUUUGACCCGUUCUCGGAGACGCCAGUGGACGGCGUCAUCGCUGCGACCUGCAGUGUCCAGGUUUUCUCGGGUCAGUUCUUGUCGGAUAAGAAGAUCGGGACGUACGUGGAGGUGGACAUGUACGGCCUCCCCACAGACACGAUCCGUAAAGAGUUCCGCACUCGAAUGGUCAUGAACAAUGGGCUAAACCCCGCCUACAACGAGGAGCCGUUUGUCUUCAGGAAGGUGAUCUUGCCUGAUUUGGCGGUGCUGCGUAUCGCCGUGUACGACGAUAACAACAAGCUGAUUGGUCAGAGGAUCCUGCCUCUGGACGGACUGCAGGCCGGAUACAGACACAUCUCCCUGAGGAACGAAGGGAACAAGCCUCUGUCUCUGCCCACCAUCUUCUGCCAGAUCAUCCUCAAGACCUACGUGCCCGACGGGUUUGGAGAAAUUGUGGACGCUUUGUCAGACCCAAAGAAGUUCUUGACCAUAGCGGAGAAGAGAGCCGACCAGAUGAAGGCGCUGGGAAUCGACACGAACGAUAUCGCCGAUGUCCCUAGUGGCAGCUCAAAGAACGACAAGAAGGGAAAAGGUAAAGGAGACACGGUGAAGGCCAGUGUGACUCCACAGGCCAGUUCAGACAUGGGCCAGACGUCCAACUCUGCACAGAACAACAACGCGGAAACCAAGAAAGAUUCGGGACUUGUGCCUCACGUCAGCAUCGAUGACUUAAAACAAAUGAAGUCGUACCUUAAGUUAUUAAAAAAGCAGCAGAAAGAACUCAGCGCUUUGAAGAAGAAACAUUUAAAGGACCAGAACACGAUGCAGAAGGCUCACUGCACACAGGCCGACAAAAUGGUGUCUCUGCACGACAAGGAGAAAAUCACUCUGGAAAAACUCCUCGAAAAAGCCAUCAAGAAACGAGGAGAAAACAACUGCCAAGAUCUGAAGAAGGAAACGGAGGACAAGAUUCAAACACUCGCCACUGAACACAAAGCCAAGGUCAAAGACAUCACGGCGCAGCACACUAAAGAGUGGUCAGAGCUGAUCAGCAGCCACAGCAGCGAGGAGCAGGAGAUGAAGGACAACCACGUCACGCAGCAGUGUGACCAUCUCAAGAAGCUCCUCACCUCAGUCCAAGAACAGCAGACGCUCCAGCUCAAACUCAUACACGAACGGCAAAGUAAAGAAAUGCGCGCCAAUCAAGCCAAGAUGUCCAUGGAGAACAGCAAAGCCAUCAGCCAAGACAAGACCAUCAAAAACAAAGCGGAGAGGGAAAGGCGAGUCAGAGAACUAAACAGCAGCAACACCAAGAAGUUUCUGGAUGAACGAAAGAGGUUGGCGAUGAAGCACCAGAAGGAGAUGGAACAACUGGAGAAGAACCAGAGGGAGCAGUUGGACAAACUGGAGAAGUUUAAUGAGCAGCUUUUGAAAUCACAUCAUGCAAACAAACAGGUCCCAGGCCAGGGACAUGCAGCAGAUGGUGAAGCUGGAGGAGGAGAUGGAGCGCAGACCUGCCACAGUGGUGUGAGCGCCUGACGCCACGGCAACCACAAACAAACAAACAACAACAACAACAACAGCAACAGCAACAGCGCACUCUAAAGCAACAAACGAAACGCCGGCCUCCAAACA